AUGUGGAAUGCUGUCGCUAGAAAUGGUUCAUCACUGCAGAGAUUGAAUCUGCUUCGUUCCUUGGCGACUGCUGGACCCGCUACCAUUGCAAGGCCGACAGCAUACCACCGUAUUAACAGUCAUGCUGCUUGUGCUAACAACAGGACACUAACCCUGCGCGCCACAGCCGGGCGUUCGUCGCCUUCGGUUACUCCACCGCCGCGUUCAUGGGAGUCCAGCAACUCAUCACAGACAGAUGGAUCUGUACACAAAAAUGGAUCAAGAACUGAAAGAAGCUCAUCAUUAGACGAAAUCGAAAGCAGUGAUUUUGGCGCGCAAAGCUCCAUGGAUGAUGGUUAUACACGAAAAUCUAUUCUACUCGAUGCAUCUAGAAGUCAGAAUGCGUCUUCCACUGCUGGAAUAUCCUCAUCAGAAACUAUGGAUAGCAAUCGAGAAACCCGCGACUCGAAUAGCAUUAUUCCCUCCAGUACGAGUGAGAGUUUCGGAACAAACAGUGGUAGCAGUGGAACAGGAUCUGCUCAACGUCAGAGUCGCUGGGAAGCAUUCCAAACAGAUAGAAAUUUGGGCACGCGGUUUGGGCCACAAGAAUUUACCACCGUCAGCGUGAAGCAGAACAAAGAUCCAGUUUUCCUGAAUUAUGACCACGAGUUUGCCGAACUCAAACGUGAUAAAAGCCCUAAUAUGGAAUGGAAUAAGCGUUUUCCUGAGGGAACAAUAGUGGUAUACACAGAUGGGUCAUGUAUUGACAACAGAGCAUCCGGCUUUGGUGUUUAUUUUGGGCCAAACCAUGAGCUCAAUAGAUCUGAACGUAUUAUUGGACCCAUUCAUAACAGUGGUCUAGCAGAAAUUUUAGGAGCACAAACAGCUUUACGCUCUCUGCGAAACUGGCGGGGCUACAGAAACGAGGCGGUGAUUUUGCGUACAGACUUUCUUCCUUUGGUUACCGCUAUGAGUGGAGGAGCCAGUGAUGGGAGGUUUGGCGAAGAAAUGGAAAAAGUUAGGAGCUUAGCCGCAAAAUUUCCAAAAGGAGUGCAAUUCCAGCAUGUGUAUGCACAUGAUGGUGAUCCUGGAAAUGAGCAGGCUGAUGCACUUGCUAGAAUGGCUACCGCAGAAGCGAGAAGGGCACGAUCAGCAAGCGUAUCAAGGGAUUUGUUUGAGCCUGAUGGAACACGCAGAGGAAGGUCAGUGAGCAGAAACAGAGGAUUCCGAGGAAGAAGUAGGAGCCGCAACAUUUCAUGGAAUAGAAAUCGUUUGCGAUCUCGCAGUAACAAUCGCUAUCACAUUAGAAGCCAUAGUGCUUUCGUUGCUGGAAGAAGACGCUAAUUUAUGGAAAACUUACUCGAACUACUAGAUUACAAGUAACAAGUCGACAGUAAACACAAUACAAGUGAUACACUAAUCCAGUAACAUUACGCUUACAUUAAAAUAUUCGAAAA